AUGUUUUAUACCUAUAAUUUGGAAAUUUAUGCUGGGAAGCAACCCGAUGGACCAUUUGACAUCAGCAAUAAGCCAACAGAUGUAUUGAAGAGAAUGAUUGCACCAUUACGUGGAUCUGGUCGCAACCUGACAGCAGACAAUUGGUUCACUGCCCCGGAUUUAGUGGAAGAACUGAAAGAGAUGAAACUUUCCUACGUUGGCACAGUAAAGAAAAACAAAAGAGAGCUGCCACCUGAAUUUGUCACAACGAAAUCUAGGGAAGUGUAUUCAAGUAGCUUUGGAUUCAAUCGCAGUAUUACAUUAGUAUCAUACGUACCGAAGAAGAACAAAACUGUUAUCCUUGUGUCCAGCUUUCAUCACGAUAAAUCUCUUGAUUCAGAAACAGGUGUGAAAAAGAAACCAUCGAUAAUUACAUUUUACAAUUCCACAAAGGGAGGAGUAGACAAUGUUGACAAAAUUUGUGCUACAUUUAGCGUCGCAAGGAAUAUAAAAUGUUGUCCUAUGAAUAUAUUCUUCACCAUGUUGAAUGUUGCUGGCAUAAAUUCGCAGAUAAUUUAUCUGGGAAAUGAUAUGAAACCAAUAAAGAGGCGUCUAUUUCUGAAGCAGCUUUCUCACGAACUUACGUCAGAUGAACUUCAAAGACGAAGUGAAAAAACAAUCGGCAUUCCGCUGCAUAUUCAAUCAAAACUGAAACGAUUUUGUAAUUGUGAAAAUGUAGAAGAAGAUAAAGAGGAAACUUUGGAAACGCCUAGCAAGAGGAGAAGGUGCAUUACAUGCACUACGGAUAACGUACAACGUCGCUUAUCAAGAUAUGAGUGCAGCAAGUGUAAACGUGCAUUAUUUAUUGUAACAUGCUACUUUUUAUUGUAA